AUGGAAGGCCCCGCAGAGGGCGGCGCCACAGGGCCACAAUUGCCCCAAGACAACCGAGUAAAGCCAACUGUGGCAUGUCUACGGUGUCGGGACCAGAAACUCAAAUGCAAUCGCGAGCUGCCGUGCUGUGUGCGAUGUCGUAAACAGAGAGCUGCCUGUAGUUACCCGCCACCACCAAAUAGGAAGCGCACUGCGCAAAAGACAAGUCAGGCAAGGGCAUCGCUGUCGAGUGGUGUAGAGCAUGUCCACCCCUCGGACUCUUCUGCUGCAGCACAACCAGGAAAGAGGCAGCGCAUUAGCAUUGACGCCGAAGGGCACCGUAUUCCCAACUCUGAAGACACCAAAGCCGCUGAAUUGCCUUCUACGGAAUUCGGGACACUUCUUUGGGAAGUCUACUUCAAUCGAGUCUAUAAUGCCACACUGUUGUUCCAUAAAAGUAUAGCCUUUCAGCUCUAUAUGGACGAUCGUAUACCAGACUACCUCCUUCGCGCCAUCUUUGCACAUGCAGCAAUCUUCUUGCAGCAGGUUGACUCGCCAUACAAACAGUACAUCAAGAUAUUUCCGGUGCAUACGCUUUUCGAAAAGUCUUGGUCAUGGGCGCGUGCCGCAAGUCGGGAAGUGCUCUCUCUUGUCGAUGAACCCACUGGGAUAAGGGUACAAGCUCUUCAGGUUUUGCAAACUUACUAUUUCUCGCAGGGAGAUAUCCAGCGUGCCACCGUUCAUGCAUCUCUAGCUUAUCGACUAGUUCAGCUCCUGGGUUUUGAUCGGUUGCACGAAGAUGUUGCGUCCCAUUCAACGAACAGCAAUAUGAAGUUCGAACGCGAGAUGAGAAGACGAAGCUUUUGGGCAGCUUGGUGCAGCUUUUGUAUUGGUAGUGAUCAAUCGGAUACCUCCAGAGCAUGUGAGAGAGUUAUAGGCUUGCCGCUACCGGCAAAGUUUGAGAGAGGAGGGUUACUACAAAGUGUAGAGCUCAAGCUGAGUCAGAAGAUGGAAGCCGACUGGACACUGAGUACUGACUCUUUACCGAAUCAAGGAAUGGUUGGACCUUCGUCGUGUUCAUUGAUGGCAGAACUGGUCAAGGUUUUGGGUGUUUGGACUAAAGUCCAGGCUUUCAUCUCCGACUUUUCAAAGCGCUCAGACUUUCAACGAUCAGUUGAAUUUUACAAAUUAGUUGAGCUCUUCGAUCCUAUCGAACACUCUAUCGGCCUACCCCUCACAGAUCUCUGCUCUCGAGCAGAAUUUUACGAUGAGAGCCCUGAGCUCCUCGCCUCCGUCUGCUCCAUGUAUUACCUGAGUCGACUUAUCAUGUACGCCUCCAUGGUCCCGAUCCUCUCGCGUCGUCCUGUGGAAUCAUCAGUUUUACGAGAAUUGGUUCGGAAGAGCGCCGAUCUGGUGCUCCAGCAGGCAAUCAAAUUCGCGGAGCUUCUUCAACUCUUUGUCGCACAAAAUCUAGAUAUGACAAGAUUGUCGCCCAUUAGCGGCUAUGGAGCUUUCGUGGCAGGGAGUGUGUUUUUGGCGUUUAAGAGUAUGAUGCUGUCCGCUCGGCCUUUGGACCCACCGGUGCAAGUUCCUGGGCCGGAUUCAGAGGAGAUCAAGACAAUUCAGACGGUAUUGGAAAUUUUGAGCAUUUACUGGAGACCAUUACGAAGACUGGUAAUCAAGCUCAACAAAGCGAUCGGCGCUAGCCAGCCACAUGACGCAGACUUGAUCGCCUCUCCUACAUAUUCUUGGAGCACAAGUCGCCCUUGUUACUGUUUCGCAGGUCAGUCAAUCCAGGGCUUGGAUCCGCACGAGAACCACACAGAAUCUUAUGCAACAUUUUCGGGGCAUCAAGCCAUUUCACAGGCAAGAGCAGCUACAGAAAGAGCUGCUUCACGGGCAGCUGAUUCUGGAUGUCAGUCCGCGUCGGUUGAAACUUCCCUUGUCUACAGCGAUGAAAGAGGCUACUCUGACGCAGAGUGGUGGAACACUGCGCCCACGAUUGAUGUGUGGGAAUGGCCUGUCUCUUUGGUCAUGUAA